ACUCCUGCUGUAGGUAAACUUAAAACCAGGUCUGCAAGCAGAUUUGUAAUAGCGUUCUAACGGAGAGUGGAUUAGUAUCAGGCGAAGGACCAAAAUAUUUUGCUCGGAUUAACGUGUGCCAGCUGUCACAUAGGCUCCGCAUCCCCAACACGAGUUGCUCUCACCCGACUGAAUUAAGAGUUUUCAUUUGAGCAGUCCCUGAAAGAAAAGUCACCAUGUCUUGCGGUGUGGCGAUUAUGAAGUUCACGUUGAUAUUUUUCAACGUCAUUUUCUUGCUGAUUGGCAUUGCUGGAGUGGCGCUGGGAAUAUGGAUUGCUGUCAGUCCCAGCACGAUAUUUGAAAUGCUUCAGUACAACCCCGAUGCCUCGGCAGAAACAGUGCAAACAUCGGCUUAUAUAUUCAUAGCCGGGUGCGCUUUCAUCCUCAUUGUCUCCGCUCUUGGCAUCUUUGGCGCGUGCACCGGAAACCGAUGCCUGUUGGGAUUCUAUGGCUUCUUCGUCAUCUUGAUCUUCGCCAUUGAGCUGGCUGCUCUCAUCACCGCUAUUGUGUACGAUCAGCAGUUCCGUGAUGAAUUAAAAACUGGCCUCUACAAUGAACUGAUCAACAGCUACAAGACUGGUGCUAGGAACCAGAAAUUUAUCGACACUGUAAACGAAUUCCAGAGGGAGUUUGAAUGUUGUGGUAUUCGCAACCACACUGAUUACGACACAGUCACUCUCACAACGGAAGAAAAGAACAACGGAUAUCCAAAGUUUUGCUACCCUCACGAUGAUUCUCCCAACAACAACCUCUUCACAACGGGAUGCUACACAAAGCUGAGAGAGAAAAUCAAGGCUUUUGGCGCUGUCAUCAUCGGAAUUGUUGUGUCUGUCUUGUGUUUGAGGUAAGUCAAUAACAGAAUGUCGUUUCAUGAAGUAAGACGCGAGAAAACAACGACAAACAAAAGGGCAUUUAAAAAAACUGACAGAAUUAAGCCAAAGAGCUAGAAUUUCUUAAUCUGAAAGAAUUUCUCUUGUUGGUUUUUAAAAUGAAAUUAAAACGUCUUCAGCUUAACAGUAUGAAACUGUUGCGAAUUUCUGCUUUUGGAAUUGUAGGUCACAGUGUCAGUGUAACGCACAAAAACUGCACCGACUUGCCACAGAAUCUCCAGGCCUCUUCUGUCUUGCAAUGAAGUGUUAGUCCUUUUAAACAUUGUCCUCAUUUAAACGUGAGUGUUCAAUAUUUCAAAAAAAGAAUGAACCGAAUGCUUUUCUGGUUUCAUUUGUAGAUCCUGCUUUUCACCUUUGCCAUGUGUCUCUGCCGACAUGACGACUUUGGGGACAAGGUAGUGUAAGACAAACGGGCACGACAGAUGGGCAGGAUAGAAUUCAAGCGGAUACUUGUGUAUCCGUGAAGCUCGUAUUUAUCUUUCUAAACCAUAUCUCAUUCUUUGCGCUCAUAAGGAAUGCCGAAUUGAAGACCCUUUCACUGAGACAUCCCUGUAUAGAGUACAGAAGCGUAUUUGCAGCGUAUGUUUAUUUUUAAAAAAAAAUCAAACAACAAAAUCCAUGUUUGGCUGCUCAGUACAAUUCAUUGUCUCUUAAUGUUUUAAAUUUUUCGUUUACUGUACAAUAUAUAAAACGUUUGCCCCUAUAUAACUGUGCACAUUAACAGAGGGUAUUUUUCUCCAGGGGAGAUUUUUGCAUUCUAAUUAAGAACGUAUUCGAACGAAAAUUUAUUACACUUGUACCUGCGAGACAUAAAAGACGUUUAUUGCCAUUUAUAAGAUGACAAGAAUUUUGUUAAGGAAACGGGGGAUAUCGGGGAAGUGUCAUUCCGCGUUUUAUUUUACCGUAACUCUUUUUAUACAUAAAUUUGACUUCAGCUAAUUUUGUUCCACGAGAUCUGUGGACAGGGGACCACAAUGAAUAACGCGACAUGUGUUAUUAAAGGUAGGCAACCAGCAAUAGGUUUGUUUCUCUUUAUGACCUGUACAUAAAACCUUCCAGAAAGAUCCAAGGGAGAUCACCCAUCGUGUUUGUAUGCAUAUUUUAAAGGAUAACUCUUGUCAUGAUGACUUCUGUACCGUAAGAUUUUCUAAUCAUACAGUUAAAUCGCAACAACAAGAACGUGUCCCAUUGUUUUAAGCUUAGUAAAUAACGGUUGUUGAGAAUAAACUAACAGGGCACAACUCUCACUUCCGGCGCAUUUUUAUUGUCUUGUAUGCCUUCACUGGCACCACGAAUGUUGUUAUCUACUUUUCUGAUAGAAGUGAAUCUCAGUUCUUCAAAAUUGUUUUGCUUUUUUCUUUGAGUUUCUGUAAGUUUUACUAAAUUGUUGAUGUGGGUUUUAAUGGGCUGAUUUGGUGCGGUCGCUGUCCUUGUUGGAUAUUUCAGCGGAAAUAAAAUAAUCUGUUUUAUCAUGGCCAUUUGAGAGAUGGUGUAUUGGCUUACACGUUAACAUUUUCAGUCUUAUUCAUGAUGACGUCAUCUGUCGCUCAAACGAACCGUCCUUACCAAUAUAAUUUUUACACAAUAUAUGUAAUUUCGUUAGAAUCCAUUCAUUGAUGUCACGUGAUCUGACUUGUCACUGCAAAUCCCUCAGUAUAAACUGCACUUAAACAUAAAUAAAUCCACUUAUUGCAUAAUAAUUCUUUAAACUUUAAUAUGACUAUCCAUUCGUCAAGAGAUGCCGGUAUGUAUACCGGUUUAUGGUAUUUAUAGCAGAUCUGCCAUUUUGUAAAAUAUGGCCAGGAUGUGGUAGGGGACUAUGUUGUCCUGGAUGUAAGCCGGCAUGAACGUUUUUGUAGCACUUUAGUGAGGGGCUAGGUCUUUAUUUUGUAGAAAUUUAGAAGCACUGUUAAUUCGACAAAACGGAUAAGGCAGCAGAUUAUUCCCGUGUUUCUGGGCCGCUUCCACACCGACCGUGUCACUGUUUGUAGGAGGAGUUAUUACAUCAAGUUCCCUCGAAGUGUGGUUCAAAAAACGGACAGCAUAGACAUUAACACAUGCGGUGCCAUCAGUGAUUUUUACCUCCUCCGUUGUUACUAGGGUUGUUACUAAAAGUUUAAAUGUUACUUAUCACUUAAGAUUACUAAAUGUUUUUAUAAUGUUAAUUGUCGCUAUAAACCCUGUAGAUCAUUACUUGUAGAAAAGACUAAAAUGAAGCGUGCUGAUUUAGAUACGUCAUCUAUCAGACAUGUUUCUAACACUUAUCAAAAACUGGUUCGCUAACACGAUGAAUUAGUCGUAAGUCUUGUAGAAUGGGAAAGUGGGAGAAUCGGCGCUGGUCUAAACUGAAAGUGGGUAAUGUACAGCACCACACUAAGAGGUACUAACUGUCAUCUGUAAGUACACUAGAGUUGUUAUUUACAGGCAUCGGUUUGAAUUGUCCAUCACGUUAUUUCGGUGGAGGUAUAAAAAGAAUGUAUUUGUGUCAGGUUGAGAUGUUUUUAUUACUACAAAGUGGGUGUUUGUUCUAAUUUGUGUGCCAUAUAAAGUUAUUCCACUCUUUGUACACAUUAGUCUUCAAAUUUUAGCUAUGUUUUUGCCAUGUUUGAAUGUGCCCACUUAUAUAAUUGCAGGAAUUAAACCUUUGGUUGGCAACAAUGAUAACUAAUUACUUUCGUUGUUUAAGACCUCAACAUUUUUUUUAUGUGGAAAAGUUAUUUGUUAAAACGAAAUAACUUGUUGGAGUUGUCAAGCACUUGGCACGGUCAAUUCCCUGUUAGUAUGGCGUAGGUGUUAUUUGGACGAUUUGUUUUGUUAUUUUCAUGUAGAAAUUUUUUUGUCCCGGCCUUAGUAUCAUUUUGACACUACAUACAACAAAUCUAUGUAUAUAAGUUAAAACAUUCAAUAAAACACGUUUAACGUCUCGUUAUCCAA